AUGAAUAUUUAGUAAAACUAAUUGUAAGAUCCUCCCCAUAACAGCUCUCAUUAUGGAAAAAUAGAAUAUUGGGAAAAGAGAUAUUAAACAAACACAAAGCCAUUUGAUUGGUACUAGAAUUAUGAUGGUGUCAAAGAUAUUAUUACCUAAUAUAUAAAUAAAAGUACAAGAAUUCUAAAUGUAGGAUGUGGAUCAUCGCUAUUGAGCGAAGAAAUGUACUUUGAAGGGUAUAAAAACAUUACAAAUGUGGACUAUUCCAAUAAUUUAAUAAAGCAUUUAGUUGAAAGAUAUUCUGAGGGUUUUGAAAAUACAUUUAAAUUUGAACACUGUGACGUUAGAAACAUGAAAGGCAAAUUUGCAAAUAAUUCUUUUGACUGUGUAAUAGAUAAGGGCACUCUAGAUUCAGUUUUGUGUGGAGAAUAUUCAAGAUAAAAUUCAUUUAAGAUGCUUUCUGAAAUAAGUAGGGUGCUUACUUAAGAUGGUGUUUACAUGGUUGUAACAUAUGGUGAAGAAAAGAAAAGACAACAGCUUUUAGAAAAUAAUUCAUGUGGCAUGUUAAAAAAGUAUAUAAAAUUUACAAGCCUAAUGUUCAAUCAAUUUCAGAAAAUUUAUUCGACUAUAAAGAUCCUGAUAAUUAUCAUUACAUUUAUAUAUGCAAGAAAGGAGACUAAGUACUAACCCCUAGAGGAAAGCUAGGAAAUUUGUUUAAAAAUGUUUGAUAAUAUUCUAAAAUUAAAUUAAGUUAAUAUAUAAUUAUUAUGUUCUUGA